AUGGAGAAGGUGAUGGGUUUGGCAUCCGAUAAUGGGGUGGUGAUCUUCAGCAAGAGCUCUUGUUGCAUGUGCUAUGCGGUGAGCAUGUUGUUCCAAGGGAUCGGGGUGAAGCCAGUGAUGUACGAUAUCGACCAGGACCCACAAGGCCGGGAGAUGGAGAAAGCCCUCAUGAAGCUCGCCGGCACCACCGCCGGCCCAGUCCCCGCUGUCUUCAUCGGCGGCAAGUUCAUGGGCUCCACCAACGACAUCAUGUCCGCACACCUCAGUGGCCAACUCCUCCACAUGCUCAAGCCUUACCACUCUUUGUCUUAA